ACUCUAGGGAAAGAAUGCUGGCAAAGCAUUCCUCACCCCAUGGAAAGCACUUCUCAGACUGUCAGACUUUGAAAAAGCAUCCAUUUCAACAAUCUGGAUGUAAUUCAUAACUUCACUCUUAUUGAUCCACUUUAGAUUAACAUAUAAACAAGGAGAUCUGGGUUUAUGACAGAAUUCUGAAUCCACUAAAAAGUCACAAAGAAAGUAUUCUCCAUAGCCAAUACAUGAGCAGUUCUUCACCAGCUCAGUGGAAGCCAGAAUGUUGUUCCAUGCAAGAAUGAAGACCUUGCAGACCACUUUGUUCCUGCUUGUGUUUGUACCUCUGAUGAAGUCAGCACCACCUCUGCAGCAAGAACCCCUGCCGUUUUAUGAUUCAGAUAUUACGUGGGGAAGCCCGAUCCAACAGGAUUAUGAAAUGCAGUCCCAGGAUAUAAGAAAGGAUGGAACAAAUGUCUCUCUUGACACUUCCCUAAGACUGCAAGGGGAUGACAGCGAACACAAUGUACCACCGACAAAGGAUACAAAUUUACCUACCUGCCUACUCUGUGUGUGCUUGAGCGGAUCAGUGUACUGUGAGGAGAUUGACAUCGAAGCGGUACCCCCCCUGCCCAAGGAAACUGCCUACCUUUAUGCACGAUUCAACAAAAUAAAGAGGAUAGCAGUCUCGGAUUUUGCUGACAUUACUACCUUGAGAAGAAUUGAUUUCAGUGGUAAUCGGAUUGAAGAAAUAGAAGACGGAGCCUUUUCAAAGCUUCUGUUACUGGAAGAACUUUCACUAGCUGAAAAUCGACUUCUAAAACUUCCUGUCCUACCUCCCAAGCUAACAACAUUUAAUGCAAACCAAAACAGAAUCAAGAGCAGAGGAAUCAAAGCAAACGCUUUCAAGAAGCUGACAAAUUUGGCCUACCUCUACCUAGGACAUAACGCACUGGAAUCUGUUCCUCUUAACUUACCAGAAAGUCUGCGUAUUCUUCACCUUCAGUACAACAACAUUACCACUAUCACUGAUGACACAUUCUGCAAGUCUAACAACACGCGUUACAUCCGCACACACAUGGAUGAGAUACGGAUGGAAGGCAAUCCGAUCCUCUUGGCGAAGCAUGUUAACGCCUUCUCCUGCUUGAGAACACUGCCUGUAGGAACGUACUACUAGCUGCCACUUACGCAGUGAUACAUGCCAAAACCUAGACAUGGUAACAGAAGCUCCUCUUUGUCCCCCAUUUACAUUUUUAUAUUCUCUCCCUUACUAAUGUCCUUUUCUCUGUACACCCAGAACCUUUAACUAUGUCAAAAUGCAGUUGUCCUCCAAAAAUAACAAUUUCAAACUAGCCACGUUAGCAAUGUCACCUGUGCUUUCGGAAUCUUCUGUUAACUAAUGUGUGUGCAUAUAUGUAUUUACACUUAUCUUCUCAAAUUUAUUUUGCCACAUAUUCUUUAUGUGUAGGUAAAACCACACAACUGCCUGCUUCUUCACAUUUUUACUAGCAACCAGAACAAUCACUACAUUUCACCUUCAAAUAAACGCAAAGCAUUCUUUAAACAAUCUACAGAGGAAAAACAAAUCUCAAUUCCAAGCCAUUUUUUUUAAUAUGAAAUCAACCUUUUUCAGCUUACCUUCAAAAGCAUAUUGGAUGAAGCUGCAUACAAAAGAAAGCUAUGUUUAGAAACAGAACUUCUCAAAGUGUAACUUCAUUAAAUCUUCCUUAAAAAACUUCAUAGAAACUGAGAAUUGUUCCUAUUUAGGCUUAGUGUACACCAAGCAACAUAGAAAGUGGAACUUUUCCAAGAUGUGUUAAAUCUCCUUCUACUAUUUUUCUUUCAAAAUAACCCGAGUGUCUGCAUAUCUGUAAUAUACAUGUAUUUUGUUUUUAAGCAAGGUAUUUUUAAUUGAAAUAUAUAAAUUUUGUUCAGUUGUA